UUCAGGUAGUACGGAUUAUAAAUUAAAUAGCAGUAAAAUACAAGUAGGGCUUAUUUGAACUUUUUUCCCUACCAAGGCUUUCCACGGUUUUCAAUUUUUAGCAAAAUGGCUCAAUUCAAUGGAACCUGGGAGGACAGAGAAUUAGACGCAAGCUUUGAACCUUUCAUGGAUGCUAUAGGCUUGGGAGAGUACAAAGACAAAUACAAGGGUGCAACAUCAACGGUAACAUAUGAAAUCAACGGCAAUAAAUGGAAAGUCACAUGGCUCUCUUCUAUGUAUCCCGACACCCCCAUGACGUACAACAUCGAGGUCGGAAAACCGUUUGACUCAAAGGGUCCGGAUGGAUCAGAUGUAAAGUCAACUGUUAACGUCAUCAGCGACUGUGAAACUAAAGAACACGAGAUAACUAAUAUGGAAGACGGCAAAAACCGAGAAUUCAUCAUCUGUAGAAAGGUUAAUGGAGAUGUUAUGGAGUAUAACAUUGAAGCGGUUACUUCUAAAGCAACCAUGAAAGGGAAAAUGUAUAGAAAGAAGUAGUUAAAUUAGUGGUCAGCUAUCAACUGAACAUAUAAUUCUACAAGAAAUAGGCAUAAUAGAAUCACAAAUCAUGUUUUGUAAAUUGAACGAUUGGUUCUGUGAAUUUGUACUUUAGAAAAGUGUACUUAAGAAUAGAAAAGUGUAAUCUUAUCAAUAAAAUACCAAAAAUAUAGUAAAAUUGUAAAAUAUUGGAAUUUUAUGCUUUAUUACUACAUUGAUUGUUUGCUUUGAGUACGUAUGAUUCGUAAUGUUUAUCAAUGAACUAAACUGUAUAAAGCAUGUCCGACAGUCGA